AGGGCUUUAAGGGGGGAGGCAGGAAGAUGAAGCUCGGAAAUGUUGAAAUUCCAACAGAUGGAUCCUCUUACUUUUAUUUUUCAUUUGACCUGCAGAAAGAUUUGCAGAAAGUUUCAUAAACCAGAGCCCUGAACAACAAAAACUGUCAGCUAAAGGUGUUUAUUUGUUAAAAGAGGCCAAAUUACCCAAUCAGUGUCCUGGACAGAGAAAAUGGCAACGGUAAGUAAAACGACAUUAUCUGCUAAUAAGUCAGAACAGCAAAGUAAGAGGAUAAUUCAGGCUUCCUUCACUAACCUGUUCUGUUACUCAUACAUCCAUUCACCUCUAAAAAUACAGAGGUAAGUAAAAGGGCAAAUAUGCUGCUGAGAGGAAGAAUUAAAGCACAUUAUACCAGUUUUACGCAUUUUUGUCCUGAGGCCCCCACUGCAGUGAUUUUCAUAUUUUUACUGUUUUGCUUCAUUUUGUUGUAUUUUUUUUCUCCCCAUUUGCAGUCACUUCUCUAGUAUAAAUACCACUGUCAUCAAAGUGACCAGGCUUGGUGUAGAAAUAAAUAAAAAAUAAAAAUAACAAUAAAUAACCCAAGCAUGAAAUAAAAGUGAAUUAAUAAUUUCAAAAAAAAAAAAAAAGUUUAGAUGUUUGGGAUCCACAUUUGUCUAUCAACUCCACACUCCUGUUUAGGUUGUUGCUCACACACUUCUAAUGUCAAGAUGCUGGCUUCCAACUUCCAUUCAGAUGAACACGUUACAGCACUGAACCAUCAGUGUCUCGUUAAUGGUAGAUUUCUAACUUGUAACACUGGAUUAUUUGCUCUUUAAGCUGGUUAACAUAGUUAAGUCUGUGGUUUGAGGUUUGACAAGUUGUACAUAUUUGCCAAAUGUGGCAGCUGGUGUGAUAGUUACAGCAAAAUAAAGCUUUAGAAGUUUCUUUUAAGUGUACAGUUUGCUGUGUUUAGUUUGAGAUAAAAUCACCUAAAAUGUAAGCACAUACUACAUUCAGAUAUUUUAACUGAGAAGCAGUGAAGAAGUUGAAACGAAGGAAGUCAAGUGUGUGUAAAACUGGAAUGAUGGUAGGAUAGAAGAAAGAUGGUACUGUGGUACUUAAUCUGCUGAAUAGGGAUGGGGUUAUGGGGUUAAUCAAGAAAAGAACAAAAUACAAGUUGAAGAAUAAAAAAAAAAGAGUUUACCAAGGUAUUUUACAUUUUUUCCUAACGAUGUGGUCAUUACUAACACGAGACUGAUAUUAACUGUUAUGUAAUGGAGAAAGAAAAGAAAAGAAACUCCUGCAGCAACUGAGCAGCACAAAAAGUCUGCAGGGGAAUGAAUUGUAUGGCUGGAAUCUGUGUGCUCUGCUGUUUUCUAUCUGCCUGCUGAGGAUAUUUGUGUAUUCACAGUUUCCUGGAGGAAACUGUGGGCUGAGUGUAUGCUUUGUGUGUGUGUCAGACAGCGUCAGAGAGGAAGCAAACAUGUGAGCAACUCUGUUUGCAACAUGUUGUGCAGCGGAGCUCCGUGUUGAACUCUUCUGGCCACAUUUAGGAAAAAAACAGAUGAAGAUGCAGCACUCGUUUUGCUGUCCUUAUUUAAGUCUCCUUGUUUUGCUCUUUUAAUCUAAUUUUGUUUUGCUUGUCUCCUGGAUGAUUGCCUCAGAGGAUGUAAUGCUAAGGAACCCCUCAGGAUUUUUCUCUUUGUUUAAAACUUUUGGACCCAACACUUUUAUUUUUAUAGAAGUGUUUCCCUACUGUUUCAACCCCCUCCCCUGUGGUACUUCCUGCUUUUAUGUGUUGUUCUGAUACCGUCCUUCAGUCCAGAUGAGUGUUCUCCGUUGGUACCGGCUCUCUGCGCUCUGGAAGAGCUGGAUGUUCAACCAGGAGCCAACAGAGGAGCAGGACCAGACCUCAGAAACAUCAGGACAAGAAGAAGAGCCACAGAAAAAGGAAGGGAUCUUCCUCAAGAAUCUGACAGAUGUGAAGAGCAAAAACGUGGAUUAUAAGAAGCAAACAUCAGAAACUGAGGACCAUAAUAGGGACUUUAAAAAGAUCCAAAAGUCUGAACUACUACAACGCAGCUGCUCUGAACCGAGCUCUCAGGUGGAUAACGCCAGUGAAGGGGACGACAGCUUCCUACAGAGAGACGGGUCCCAAAGACGGUCCAGACGGCGCUUCAGGAGGGUGAACCCCAGAGGAGAGCGGGAACUUAUCACAGAUGGCCAAGAACCCGCCGGCUACAGCACGCUUCCGGCUGACCUCAAUAAGAUGCACCUAACAGACCACGCCCACCAGCAGGUGAUGCACAUGGCUCCAAGCCAAUCAGGAUGCAGCAUAGCAAGUGAUUCAGGGAGCAGCAGCCUGUCGGAUAUUUACCAGGCCACAGAGAGUGAUCUGGGAGAUGUGGACCUGUCAGGACUUCCAGAAGCUGCAGUAGACAGUGAAGAAGAAGAGGAAGAAGAUGAAGACCUGGAGAGAGCUUCAGACACUCUUUUGGGCCGAGACUUGGUUCGAGAGUGUUUGGAAAAAGAUCCAGCAGACCGUAACGAUGAUGACAUCGAGCAACUGCUGGAGUUCAUGCACCAGCUGCCUGCUUUUGCCAACAUGACCAUGUCCGUGCGGAGGGACUUGUGCAGCGUUAUGGUGUUUGAGGUGGUGGAGCAGGCUGGCACAGUCAUCCUGCAUGACAAACAGGAGCUGGACCACUGGUAUGUGAUCCUGAAUGGAGCAGUUGAAAUUAGUCACCCAGAAGGCAGAGUAGAGACCCUUUGUAUGGGCAACAGUUUCGGCAUCUCACCCUCACUGGACAAACAAUACAUGAAUGGAGAAGUUCGCACCAAGGGAGAUGAUUGCCAGUUCGUCUGCAUCGCCCAGGAGGACUACUGGCGCAUCCUCAACCAUGUGGAGAAGAACACACACAAGGUGGAGGAGGAGGGGGAGAUUGUGAUGGUGAAAGAGCACCGUGAACUUGACCGCAGUGGGACCCGUAAGGGACACAUUGUCAUCAAGGGAACCCCAGAGCGCCUGAUCAUGCACCUGGUGGAGGAGCCGUCGGUGGUGGACCCCACCUACAUUGAGGACUUCCUGCUGACCUACAGGACCUUUCUGUCAAAUCCAAUGGAGGUUGGCAAGAAACUGCUGGAGUGGUUCCAGAAAGACAACCUCCGGGACACGGUAACACGAAUAGUGCUGCUGUGGGUCAACAACCACUUCAACGACUUUGAGGGGGAUCCAGCUAUGACACACUUCCUGGAAGAUUUUGAGAAGCAUUUAGAAACCUCAAAAAUGAAGGGCCAUUUGAGGCUGCUGAACAUUGCUUGCGCAGCCAAAGCGAAGUGGAGACAGAUCACUCUGCAGAAAGCGUCCAGGGAGUCUCCGCUCUACUUCAGCGUGCAGGGAGGCAGCGAGAGAGGAUUUGGCAUUUUUGUGGAAUUAGUGGAAGAAGGAAGCAAAGCUGCAGAGGCGGGACUCAAGCGGGGAGAUCAGAUCAUGGAGAUCAAUGGUCAGAACUUUGAGAACAUCUCCUUCUCCAAAGCUGUCGACAUCCUGAGGAAUAACACACACCUCGCCCUCACUGUCAAAACCAACAUAUUUGUUUUCAAAGAGCUCCUCAGCAGGAUUGUGCAUGAAAAGAAAAACGGUGGACCUCACAUCCCUAAGAUCCAGGAGAAAAAAGGCAACCGCCUCUCCAUCCCCGACCUUCCUGGACAGAUAGAGUUCCCCACAGACCAGAAAGCCACCCGGAAAAUGAAGGCCAACACAGUGUCGGGAGGACGAAACAAGAUCAGGAAGAUGCUGGAGAAGACGAGGUUCAGUAUUCUGCCACCUAAACCCUUCAGUGAUGGCGGCAUUGGUCAGUCUCAGGAUGACAGCAUUGUGGGUACCAAACAGUGUCGUCACAGUGUGGCCAUCAUGCCCAUCCCAGGCAACCUCUCAUCCAGCAGCCCAGACCUGCUGCAACCGGCAACCAGUGUCCUCGACUUUUCCAACCCUGCAGCCCUGGGACUGUACUACAUCCCGGACCAGGUUAUCCGGGUGUUCAAAGCAGACCAGCAAAGCUGCUACAUCAUCAUCAGCAAGGACACUACUGCCAAGGAUGUUGUCACCCACACUGUCAAUGAGUUUGGCCUCAUUGCACCACCCGAAACCUACUCCCUAUGUGAGGUUUCGGUCAGCCCGGAAGGUGUAAUAAAACAGCGCCGUCUGCCUGACCAGCUCUCCAAACUGGCUGAUAGAAUUCAGCUAAACGGCAGGUACUACCUGAAAAACAACAUGGAGACUGAGACGUUAUGUUCAGAUGAAGACGCUCAGGACCUCCUUAGAGAGAGUCAGAUCUCUCUGCUGCAGCUCAGCACCAUGGAGGUCGCUGCUCAGCUCUCCAUGAGAGACUUUGAACUCUUCAGGAACAUUGAGUCCACAGAGUAUGUCGAUGACUUGUUUAAACUAGACUCCUCUGCUGGAAGUGGAAAUCUUAAACAAUUUGAGGAGGUGAUAAACCAGGAGACCUUCUGGGUCGCCACAGAGAUCUUAAAGGAGCCCAACACCCUAAAAAGGAUGAAGACCAUCAAGCACUUCAUCAAGAUUGCCCUGCAAUGCAGAGAGUGCAAGAACUUCAACUCCAUGUUUGCUAUUAUCAGCGGACUCAAUUUGGCACCGGUGGCUCGACUGCGGAGCUCGUGGGAGAAAUUGCCCAGCAAGUAUGAGAAGCUGUUUGGGGACCUGCAGGACGCCUUCGACCCAUCCAGGAACAUGGCCAAGUAUCGCAACGUGCUCAACAGCCAAAGCAUGCAGCCACCCAUCAUCCCGCUGUUCCCAGUGAUCAAGAAGGACCUCACCUUCUUACAUGAAGGCAACGACUCCAACGUCGACGGCCUUGUAAACUUUGAGAAGCUAAGGAUGAUCGCCAAGGAGAUCAGACACGUGGUGCGGAUGACCUCGGCCAACAUGGACCCUGCCCUCAUGUUCAGACAGAGGAAGAAGAGGUGGAAGAGUUUAGGGUCUUUGAGUCAAGGCAGCACCAACUCCAAUAUGCUGGACGUGCAGGGCGGAGCCCACAAGAAGCGAGUGCGUCGCAGCUCUCUCCUCAACGCUAAGAAGCUGUAUGAAGACGCUCAGAUGGCCAGAAAGGUGAAGCAAUACCUCUCUAACCUCACAGUGGAAACAGAUGAGGAGAAACACCAGAUCAUGUCUCUGCAGUGCGAGCCCUCUUACAACACCUUGAGUAAGAACUUGAAUGAGAGACGAUCCACAAAGUCAGACAUGUCUCCGGUGUCUUUGCGGUCAGCUCUGCCCACAGGGAAAGCACAAAACCGGGUGUCACAAGUACUCCAGGUCCAGGUCCCACUGAACCCUCUACGGAAGAAGAGCACAGCCAAGGACAUAGGCACACUUAACUCCAACUCUCCCCAGGUGGUGAAGAAACCUCCAGUGAGCUCUUCAGACGAGUGGAGUACCAAGAAACCAUCUGAUGACACCAUUUCCACCAUCUCAUCCCUUCACUCCAGCCCUACAGUUUCACCACAAGGCUCCCCACGCAAAGUAGGGAGCUUGGCAAAGCCCCAGAAUUCCAGCCAGAUGAACUUAUCAGGAUCCUCGUCAUCACUGACCAGCGACGCCAGCACCAAGACCGGCACCAUCAGCCUGCGCAGCUAUGGCAUAGGUUGUGCCCUCCUCCCUGUCGGUAAAGCAGACAACUUGUCGGACUCAAGUCACAGCGAGAUCUCGUCCCGCUCCAGUAUCUGUUCGGUCGACUCAGUUCCGGCCCCCGGGCCUGACGACCGAUCCAACAGGACCUGUACUACUACUGCCACUAAUGCUCCUACUACUACUGUUACUGCGGUUGCUGAGAGUGCAGGAGCAUCACAUGCACACGUAAAUGCUGAUUGCAGCCAGCCCAGCACAAGUUCUUCAUUGUUGGCUCGAGGAUACGCAGCACGAGGCUGCACCUUCACCUCCUCCACCUCAACAGAGGAGCUGACCCCUGACCACACCUCCCUGGACUCUGUAGCCGACAGCGGCCGUGGCAGCUGGACAUCCUGCUCUUCCAACUCUCACGACUCUUUCCAAAGCCUCCCCACUUCCUCCUGCCGGCCCUGGGACCACGGCAUCCACGGCCACCCGCUCUCUCUGCCUUACACACACUUCAAGCACACACAGCUCGCCCGGCCGAUAGCGGAGGUGGAGGCCGCUGGGCCGGCGUGGGCCAGCCAGGAGUCUGCCAAGCAGCACUCCAGAGACUCCAGUUCAGAUCUGUCCAGUCAGUUACAGCAGAGCUGGGCUUCAUCCAGCUCGCUGUCAGACAACUAUGAGGGAAAUUAUGGAACGGUAAAGCGGCGAAACACCUCGGAGCACCCCUCCUCGCCAGCCAACGAGGAUGGAGGGCAAAGCACUGACCCUGUCUACAAAACGGUGACGUCAAGCACAGAGAAAGGCCUAAUAGUGUACUGUAUCACCUCCCCCGCCAAGGAUGAGCGUUACCGAGCUCCCCCUCCCACCCCUCCAGGCUACCAGGGUCUGGCUUUGGGGGAUCUUGGCCUCACAGAUGGAGUAGUGAGUGGGCCAGGAGGUGUUGUUCCCCGGCUUCCUCACCUCAAACCUCCAGACUACAGCGUGGCCAUGCAGAGAAGCAAGCUCCUGCAGAGCCCCGGAGCAGCUGGCAGUCUGGCUGAGGCACGGAGGCUUCACCUGCAACACCAAGAUGCCCGGACAACUGGUUCCAUGCAGGGCCACUCCAGACCUCCCAGCAUCUGCCGCCCACCCCCGGAUCUGGCCGACAGUGAGGAUGACGAACAAGUAUCAGCGGUGUAACGACAACCACGUCCUCACACACACAGACCAACCGGUGUUGAUCAGGCUUUGGACUAAACUUAGCAGCCUGCAUCAGAGCAUCCCGCAUCAGAGCACAUUCUCCAGGCCCCGCCCACAGACUCAUGGGUCUAGUGAACCUCACCUCUUUUUGAACAUAUUUCAUCAAAAAGAAAGAUUUUAGAUACUUUAAAAAACUCUUGAACAAAGCAGGAAAAGGCCGUGUGAUGGAAUCAUAUCACAGAAGACGGCCUUUUUGGAAAAAAAUAAGAAGGAAAGAGUGACAAUAAGGAUGCCUCGCUGGAAGCAGACCACCACUUACCUCCAUUACGCGCUACAAGCUUACUUUUCAAAAACAGUUUCAUUUUGCUUUUAAUGUUUAAAAUGUUGUACAGUGACUUUUUUUCCUGUGUUUUGUAGUGAUAUUAUUUUUCAGUUGCAUGUCGGAGCUGUCGGAGUAUAAGGGCCACAUAAAGAAAAAUAUUUUUUCACAGGCUUUGAGAAUAAAGUCAUAAUGUUAAAAGAAUAAAUUCAUACUUUUAUGUGAAAACAUCACGAGAAAAAAAGGAGUAAUUUCACAAGUAUAAAGUCGUAAUUUUACAAGAAGAAGUUAUAAUGUUACGAGAAUAAAGUCGUAAUGGUACCAGUUCCUGCCAUUUCCCCUCCACUAAAGCAGCAAGUUCUCCUGGUUCUUUGUGCUGAAAUGAUUCAUUUUCUUGUGAAGUCCUGAUACUAAUGAUAUUAUGUUCCUGAUGCCAAAAGAUUAAGUAUCUCCUGGUUGGCGAAGCCUGUGCUGAAGUAAAACGUCACGAAAUGCUCCACUGCCCUCAUUUUAGCACCAUUCUUCUUCUAAAACGACCAGUUAAAAUAUUACGACUUUAUUCUCUAAGUCUGUGAAGAAAUAUUUUUCUUAAUGUGGCCCUAAUACUCCGUUGUAGUUUUUUUUUAAGAGAACACAGAGGAGCAGACAAACUUGAGCGUUAGGUCUUUUCUUUCUUCUUUUUUUUUUAAGUUAAAAAAGUUUGCAGUUUUUUUUCUCAGCCUAAAAUAAGAUGAAUGUAAAUGACUAAGAUCCAAGGGAAAAAUAACAUUUUUUUUUGUCUAAAGGGUCUGUAUUGUUUGAUAUCAAACCCUGGCACUGAUAGAUUUAGGUUAGUAACACCAGUUCCCAUGCAAAUGCACAAAAAAGAAAAGGAAAAAAAAAGCUGCAUUGGAGGUCAGGAAACCUCUCAGGAGCCACAAUAAGCCGUUCUCUAUAUUUUACACUGCCUCUUCAUUGAGAGAAAAAAGAAAUUAACCCCUGAAAGCAACAGAAAGCACGUCUAUCUGUUUAGCACUUACUGUUUAAUGCUUAGCUUGACAGAAGAAAACAGCAUCUCUCAGGCCAUUUCCUCCAUCCCUUCCCUCCCUCUCUUAUUGCUUGCUCAGUCAGACGUGUGAGGUACUUUAGCGGCUGCCCGCCUCCUGGAUGUUCUAUAAAAUCUGUAUUAUAACUUGUUUUUAAUGAGCUGAAGAACAAAUGCCUCGCUGCUUCCCGUAGAGUAAAAUGUGUGUGGUUAUUUAAUUGCAGCAGCUGUAAUAAAACAAUAUAUUAGCACUGCGUGGGUCACACAGUGUGCAUGCACAUACGCUCCCACACACCGAAAUCUUAGCUGGUGUGCAUUAAAAAAAAAAGACAGUGUUUACACCAAUGCUUACAUAUUUUGUUUACAGUGUUUAUUAGACUAGUUGUCAAUGGAAUUACAAGCUGGAAAGUGUAAUGUUCCAGUUUUAGUUGUAAAUUUGUUUAUAAUUGCAGGAGGAAUAUGCAGAUGCACCAUUAACUUGCGCUCCCAGUUUACCUCUCUCGUCUCGUUUCUUUUUUGUUUCUCAUUUAAAAGAAUGUGCAGCAACACAGAAAGUCAGCUUUAACUCCCAGCUCCAUCCCAUGUUGGCAGUGUGUUUUGUAGCAUAUUUAAAAGACGGGCUUUGAAGAUUGUUUAUUUGUGUCAAAAUCGGAACAAAUUUGUACAUUCAGAUGGAAAAUGUUUCCCCAGUUGUGUUUUAUGUGCAGUCUGGCAGGGGUGUAGCUGGAACCAGACCUCCUUCUUCUGCUGUUUGUCUUGUGUUGCAUCGUUUGGUUUGUUUUGCCUCACAAUGACUUGAAGUUAUCACUGCUAAUAUAUACAUGGUAUGUGUUAUAUAUGAAAUCAUACAUAUAUAUUUUUGCUCUUUGUUUGCCAUAAAUUAAUGUUAAGUGAUUAUGUACAGAUGAGAGAAGAAGGUCUACUAAAUAGACUUUUUUAAAGUUGUGACUGCCCUGUUUUGGGCAGGAGUCUUGAAAGGAAUUUUUGUUUGUUCUUUUUUUUUAUGACUUAUUCCCCCUUCUCUCUGUUGUUGCUGCCAUUUCUGAUCAUUGAGUGUAAUUGCUGCUGUGUUUUGGGAUGUGGAGGCUUGUGUGUGUGUGUGUUUUGGAAAGAUGUUUGUGAGGUUGGAAUUAACGCAGACUUUCUCUUUUCUCUACUUCCCAUUUUGUCUCAGUUUCUAUGAACUAUGCAGCACGUAGUUCACUUUCAGUAAAAGCCUCCCUUAGUUUUUCUUUUGAUGGCUUUCUUCCUGCACAGAGAUGGACUUCUUGUUAGUCUCCUGCCGCCGGUUCGAUGCAGAGUUCAUCCAAACUCAGACUGUAUGAUUGAAUUGAGUGUUUUGAUGUAUUAUAUUCCUGUGUGUUUGAAACGAAGAGAACAAGCCCUGCUACGAUGCUAUGUUUCCCUCCCCGCCUCUCUUUCAGCCCCGUCAGCCCAGUUAGAUGUUAAACUUUCAACACAUCUCCUCGCUGCACUCGUCUGAUAGAUUUCACUCCUUUGCUUAAGAAUAUUUUGCGAAUCGACACACUCAACUGUGACCCUCCUCUCAGACUGUCUGAAAACAAUCUUGACACAAGAAUCUUUCUCUUUUUUCCAUUGCAUGACUAUUUUCAUAAUAUUGAAACCCACAAACCAGUAUUAAUGCUGCCUUGAAUGUUUUUUGUUUUUUUUUUAAGUUAAAUAUGUUACUUCCUGUAGUUAACCCAGAUUAUUUUAAAAGGUUUGCUUUGAUCUGCCUUUUUUUUUUAUUUUGUGGGGUUAUUUACCAAGAAGUUUAACUCCAAAAUUUAAGUUUACUCCUCACACUCCUUAUUCUCCUUCAAAGCUGAACUUCCCUCUGUGUUAAAUCCUCUUUGUGUCUCCUUCUCUUCACUCAGUCUGAUUCUUGUCAGUGUUUCUGCUUACAUUAAACAGGAGAAACGUCUCCUCCAUCUGAAAGUGUGCUGAUUUUAGUAAAUCCAAGUCUAAUUAUGACCCCCGACCUCCAUCAUUCGUUGCCAUGUUUCCUGAAAUGCAACAAGAGAGAUGUGAAUGUGUUUUUUUUUGUGUGUUGACAGCAUCUGGCGUAAAGCGGAAAUGCACAACAAUAAGCUUAAAUGUGGUGAGUGAGAUGCACAAUCUGUACAAAGGUAUUAACUUGUGGCUUAAAGUUUGCUUUCGUCUCACACGUAUAGCUGUUGUAACUUAUGUCUUUUAGAAAGACAACAUGAUUUUGCUUGUAUGCUUUUUAUGUAUUUUUUUACAAGUGAUUGUAAAUAAUUGUUAUAUUUUUGUUUAAGAGAAUGUUUAAAACGGAAGAAAUACCUUUUAUUUCUCUGAGUCUACUGAUACAGAUUUGGACAAUGAAUAAAAUGAUAAAACUGAAA